CCUUCUUUCUCUUCCAAGCACUCUCUCCCGACUUAGCGAGCUAGCCAAGGUUGUUGAAUCAAGUUAGCAGCAUGAAUUACAGCGGGGACCAAUAUUAUGAAAAAAUAACGACAAUUCAACAAAGCACGUGUGAAAGGGAGAAGCGGAGACAUGAAUUGGAGAGAGAACUUUUUGCCUAUUGCAGAUCUGAUAAAAGAAUUUCACAGAUAAAUUGUUACAAACUGCGCAUGCAUCUGAAGGAAAUUUCUAAUAGAGAGGAGCGAGCGAAAAUGAGAAAUCUUGAUCUUCUGAGAGAGGUGGAGAGAAUAGAAAUGAGCAUGAAGAAGUACCAGCCAAAUCAUGGCUCUCUACUGCAAUUAAAGGCUGGUGUUAGGGCUACAAUUUCCAAAUGUAUUGGCAAAAGAAAAGGAACAAAUCAACAAGCUGGAUCAACAAAGGUGAAUGUCAUGGAUUGUCAGUCCUUUACAGAUCCAGUUAACAAACCAGCACUGCUCAGUGUUAUGGGCCAGCAGACACAAGUUAGACCAUCAAGUGCAAGCUCAGAUCAUAUACUGCUGUGCUCUCCUACGAGAAAUCUGGAUUUUCAUCAACAUCUACCAAGUGGUCUUAUGAAGGACUUCAGAGCUGGCAGGGAGGAUACUGUCAGCAAUCAAGCAUAUUUAUCAGAUGACAUUUCAAGCUCAAAUGAUCCCCCUGAUGGCAAUAAUUUGAGUGACAAACAUGAAAGAAUGAAAGCUCAGGUCCCAACUGUUAGUGAGUCAGUCAGUGUCCAAAACAAGCCUUGUGAACAUAAUGAAUACAAACCUUCACCUCCAGUGACCUUGACAGCAGCUGAUGAGAGGCCGUCUUCUUGCAGCAGUGGUCCUAUGGGAGCCGAAAAAAACAGUGGAGAGAAAGAACAUACCUCUUGGUCACUGAGAAUGGAAGAUGCAGAAAGAGGAAAUUCUGAGAAUUCACUGUCCUCAGAAGUGAGCUUGUCUAUAAGCAAGUCUAGUGGUUUGUCCCUUUCACUGACACAAUCUGAACUGGAUGAAGACCUAGCAGAGAGUGAGGCUACUGACAAACAUGACCUCACUGGAGACGAUGAUAAUCACUGCCAGUGCAGUCCAAAGUCUUCAUUGCACUCUGAAAGAUUUGGCAGCCCAGUCGAAGGAGUGGCUAUGGAGAGCCUGUCUCAGAAAAGUCUCUUCAAGCUGUUAGACACUAUUGAAGGACAGCCUCAUGCUGAGCUAAGCGGAGUAUAUAGUGAUUCUACCAUUGACGCACAGGAACUCAACCGAAUCAUUAGCCUUUGUAACAGCGGAGAGGACUUGAGUGGCGUGGACCCUAAAGCGUGUGGAGCAGCCGUCCUUCAUGAACUGCAGAGGUUGUCAUGGAGUACAGAAAAGGGCUGCCUGCUUCCACUGGAUCUAGUGAGUGCCCACCAAUCCUGCAGAAACCCAAAUGAAAUAAGUGACUGUCUCCUGCCUGAUGCCGCUCAGCUGUGGGAUCGCUGGUUCAAGCACGCCCUUCUGCUCAAGGAGCGUCAUGUCCUCAGUACUGAGCACUUGGUCCAGCUGUUCACACCACUGCUGCUGGAGCGCCAUGCCACAUACGACCACCAGGCCAAAGUGCUGCUGAGGACACUUCUGUCCCGGUCCAGUGAGGAGUGCCCCUCAGUAGAGGACCAUAGUGAUGUGUCUUCCUUUGGCCCAACUCCUCUGCCUCACUCCAGAGUCAUAAGGUCACAGCAGAAACAACACAGCACAGAACUACAAAGUAGUGAAGAGGACGGCCAGGACGAAAGCCCUGUGGAAAGUGUUCCUAUUAGAGAGUCAAAAGCAUAUCAAUUGCUCAAACAAUCAGCCAUGCAGAAAAGAAAUCUGAAUUCUAAAGAAGAGGAUGGUGAAGACUGUGAUCUGUCUGGAAUAAAUGACCAUGAAGAGGACUCGGGGUGGGCCAAACACUCCUUACAUCAAGACCCUCACUCUGGAACGGAGGGAGCUAACUCAAAGGCUCAUUCUGCUCUACAGUCAAAAGCAUUCUGGGGAGAAUCAGAUGACAGCUACUCUGAGAUUGAAGCAGCCUUACGUCCUCAACCUUUCAACACAAACGAUGUUGACAGUGAUGACUUCUACAACUAAUAAACUUUUAGCCGAAUAUUUAUUCUACGUAUUCUAUUACAUCAGAACAUUCAAAGGAGUUUGCUAUGUGUGUAACCCACUAAAUGUCUGCUCCACAUUUGUAAAUCAAAUGCAUUGUGUAUUGUAAAAACAAAUAAUAUAAUAAAAGGAGACGGCUCUCAUGGGUAAAGUAUGUGAAGAGUUGUCCAACACUCUGAUGUUAACCCUGCUUCAGUCUCUUUAUCUGAACAACUCUCCCGGCUCAUAAUAACAGCUCCAAAUAGAUUAAACUGAUCUUUUAAAGCGAUU